AUGGAACAGCCUCUGAAACUGGGCUUCGUUGGUCUCGGGGCCAUGGGCCUCCCCAUGGCUUCGAAUCUCAUCUCUAAAGCCCCCAAAGGCUCAGUUCUUUUUAUUUAUGACAUCUCUACUGAAAGUACAAAGCAGCUGGCAGAUAAACAUGAAGAUUCCGUUGAGAUGUGCAAAUCCGCAACGGAAGUCGCGCAAAGGGCACACAUACUUUUCACCAUGUUGCCAGAAGGAUCCCAUGUUAGGAGUGUCUACUUAGACUCCUCCUCUGGUAUCCUCGGCAUGGAUUUGGCAGCUCGUGUGCUGGUUGAUUGCUCUACGAUCGAUACAGAGACGUGUCUCCAUGUGGCAGCAGAAGUCAGGAAUUUGCACCCAAACGUCUCAUUUUACGACGCUCCCGUGUCUGGAGGUACUCUUGGGGCAGAAUCUGGCUCUCUAACAAUCAUGCUCGGUUGUUCCGACGAUGGCUCAGAUGCCCAAUACCCGCUUGUUCAUGCCCUACUAAGCUUGAUGGGUAAUAACGUUGUACCCUGUGGUGGACUAGGAAUGGGCCUCACUGCUAAGCUCUGCAACAAUUACUGUUCUGGUCUCAUCGCUCUCGCUACGGCAGAAGCAAUGAAUAUUGGAAUCCGCUCCGGCAUGAACCCGAAGCUUCUUUCACGUGUAUUUGCAAACAGCACAGCCCAAAGUACUAUCUGCGACAAAUGGAAUCCGGUACCGGGGAUUUGCCCUGACGCUCCGGCUAGUAAAGGAUACAGGGGUGGUUUUAAGGUGCAAUUGAUGGCUAAAGACUUUGGCCUCGCUGUUUCAGCAGCUGAGAAGGUUGAUGCGAAGCUCCUGCUUGGCAACGCUGGGCUGGAGGCUUAUAAGAAUGCCAGCCAGGACCCUGAUUGCCGGGAUUUGGAUUCUCGAGUCUUGUUUAGGUUCAUUGGAGGGAAUGAGGAUUGGGCCCAUCAAUAA